UUUUUGACGGUGCAUAUUAUUGAGGCACCAUGAAGGGGAAAACAUCUUUCAACGCAAUAUUGAUGUUAUGCUUUCUACAAGCUUUCGAAUGUGGUAAAAAAGCGGGAUGUUGUGACAAGGGGAGAAUGUCGAAAAGAAGUUCAGGAUUAGUGACGUUUUCAGCAAUUAUGGAUUCCAAGGUUCCUGGUCUCUCCAAUGCGCCAGAAGAUGGACUUACGAGGGUAUGGGGGACUAUUGAUCGGGAUGUGAAAACGGAUGAAGACAUAUUCCAAAAAGGAAGAGAGUUUCUUUCAUAUGUUAAAGAGAGGUACAAUGUCGAUAUGAGCAUACUUACUGACGAAGAGCUAAAAAUGGGUAGGAAUGUAGUCUUUGGGAAUUUGACGUUUAUGGGCUACGUUUUAAACGCUGAUCUUAGAGUCGUAACGGAAACAACACCAAUUCAACGCGUGACCCAUUACAAAAAUGCAAAAUUCAGAUCAGUCGGAUAUGUAAUUGUUGCCACUGAGGAUACAAUUCUCGAGGGUGGUAAGUGGAGUGGAUUAAUGACAAAAAAUUCAGCAAUCUUUGCAGAAACAGGAAUCAUAGACAGCAAAGAAUCAGAGGUUGAUGAAGAGCCUCACAUUCUCUCAGUACGCACCCUGGGUGUUCACCCCGCCAAGUUCUAUCAAGGCAAAUAUGUCAACGUGAAUACAUUGGAAGCGGAAGUAUGGUCUAACAAAUACGGGCAUGGAUUGCAGUACGGCAUUGAUAUGCACCCAGUGUUCGUCCAAACCUUCGUUAAUGUAUUUUUCAAAGACGAUGAAUAAAUAUUCUAUACGGACACAAGUGUAACAUAACACGUUCCAAAUUCAAUCUCCGGUGUUGUCAAUAUAUUGUAUGAUAACAAUGAAUAUACAGGUUGAGCCAAAAAGGCAAUCCAAACAAA